AUGCAUAGUCCACCUGAGUACUAUCCAUUGUCCAGCGACGAGUCCAAGCGGCUCACAGGCGAUGAAGUGGACGAUCAGGUGCUACCCCAUGCAAGAAAACCGUAUCCAUGUAUAUGGUUCCUCCACAUUAUGAUCUUCUCCUUGUGCAUAUGUAUAGCGGUGUCGGGAUGGAUAUGGCACCCAGUCCCUACCGACCUUGAUUGUGCCAAGAAGCUUUCGCCGUACUCACCCUUAGUUGGUCUUGUUGAGUACGAGGAUGUAAGGUUUCAAGGUGAUUUGCAUGAUGUGAACCCAUGGAAAGGAGCACCCAGCCCAGCUCUGGAUGAGGCAUGGGAGAACAUCACACACAUCUCUGCGGAUGACAUGCUUCGCAUGAAGAAGCCAUUGACUCAAGUCAAAGCUCCCCCAGCUCUUGGUGACGGUUAUGUUGGUGGGAUUGAAGUAUUUCACCAGCUCCAUUGCUUGAAUCUUGUCCGGCAAUACACUUAUUACGAUUACUACAUGCAGCCUGAAAAUCAACCACUCUCGUUUCGUUCCUCACCAGGGAUGAUCCGCGCGCACACUGCAGAUCAUUGCAUAGACAUACUAAGGCAGGUGGUUCAGUGUAACGGGGACGCUGGAGUCUUGACAAGGAGUUGGGUUAAGGGAAACAAUAAAUCACAACCUGACUUUGGCACCUGGCACAAAUGCCGCAAGAUUCAGCCUUUAUAG